ACUACUACUACUACUACUAAUAAUAAUAAUAAUAAUAAUAAUAAUAAUAAUGCAAUAAUUUAACAUAAAUGAAAUAUCACUCAGCUCUAAUAAUUUUUCAUCCUUUACACUGUUGCUUCACCAAGAAUAAGAUGCCUUUAUAUAUUUAAUAUGUAGCAUAUAUGUCCCAGUAAUAACACCAAUUAGUAAUUAUUCAACUAUCCAAUUAUUCAACAAAGAGCCUAAAUAAUGAUAUGCAUAAGGGACUUUCAAGCUAAAUAAUAUGUAAUUUAGAUGCAAUGCAAUUAGCUUCUCUUUAACAAGGUGUAGCAUUAAGGGUGAUUACACAUAAAGUAAUUAAAUUGAUAACUACUACAUUGUUGAUUGUGCAGUCUGAUCGCAGCAGGUAGAAAGGAUCUACGAUAUCUCUCCUUCACACAGCGAGGGUGGAUCAGUCUGCUACUGAAGCUAUUCCAAAGCAGACAGUGAGUCCUCCAGUGGGUGAGAGUCCUGGUCCAGGAUGGAUGUGAGUUUAGCCAGGACCCUUCUCUCACCCACCUCCUGCACCGUGUCCAGAGUGCAGCCCAGGACAGAGCUGGACUUGUUGAUGAUCCUGUCCAGUCUCUUCCUGUCCCUCACUGUGAUGCUGCUGCCCCAGCAGACUACACGUACAGGAUGGCUGAUGCCACCACAGAGUCAUAGAAGGUCUUCAGGAGUGGCCCCCUCACUCCAAAAGACCGCAGUCUCCUCAGCAGGUAGAGUCUGCUCUGACCUUUCCUGUACAGUGCAUCUGUGUUAUGAGUCCAGUCCAGUUUAUUGUUCAGAUGCACACCCAGGUACUUAAGCGUCCACUCUCUCAAUGUCCCUUCCCUGGAUGUGCAUCGGUGGGAUGAGAGCAGGCUGCUGUCUGCGGAAAUCCACCACCAUCUCCUUCGUUUUCCCAGUAUUUAUUAGGAGGUGGUUCCGCUGGCACCAGUCCACAAAGUUCUGAGUGAGUCCUCUGUACUCUGCAUCGCCAUCAUCGGUGAUCAGUCCGACGAUCGCAGAGUCAUCAGAGAACCUCUGCAGAAUAGCUAGUCAAAUAGACUAAUAUACUGUAUGCACAUUUUGCACAUCUGAAGGAGUGUGGAUUUUGGCUCCCAUUGCUUGAAGGAAUGCAUCAAUGGACAAAAUCAUAACAGUAUGUACAGUAAAACCUGUUUGUGUGUUUACACGGACAAUCAGCUUUUGUUUUAUUGUCAACUAUUUCUUCCUGAAAUAAGUGUAUUUUUUCUAACAACAAACCAGUGUCAUAUAAAAGCAAUUUUAGUAUUUUAGUAGUUUUAGUAAAAACUGCCUCUUUUGCAUGUUAACGUGUCUAUGCUGGACGUCAGUGACAUGGUCAAAUGACUACUUCGAUGAUGUAUUGCAUUACUGUACAUCCCCCACCCACUGACCUGACUGGUUUUUACAAGUCAAAUCAUUUUCAUCUUUAAAAACAUAUCUCAUGUGUUCUCUACCCAUAGUCAGAUGCUGGACUUAGACGGGUAAGGAGGAUGCAAUGGUCAUAUCAGCAAACGUGUCUUUUAGGCGACAGGUAAAGUUGUACUUUAAACUUUAUUUGCAUUAAAUAAUUUUCUUCUUCAAUUUUAUGUUCAAUAUGUAAUAAAAUAAAGGGAUCUAAGUUUAUAACAAGUUUGCUUUAUGCAUUAGAUUAUUAGAUGCUACUUCAUCUAAAUAGAUUAACUGUGGUUCCCAACAGUCAAACAAAACAGUCAGGUUCUGGUAAUCACCUAUGGUAUUAUUAAAAUAUAGUUAAGUAGGGGAUGUUUAUUUAUUCAGUAAUACAUCGGUUACAUCUAUUCAAAAUGAUUAUUAAAUGUGGUCCAAAUGUAAAAUGUUUAAUGUGUACCAACUAUUAUCAUUGCUGUUACUGACCAGGAACCAUAUUAGAGCUAUAUUGGUAAUUAAAUAUCAACUUUCAUUCAGAUGGAAAAUUACUUUAUUACUAUAUUAUAAAAUUACUAUUAUUAUAUACAUGAAUGUGUUUUGAUAUAAGUUGAUUAGGAAAGUGAGGCAGCAAUGUCUAUUUUACUUUGUACAUACUUAUUAUAAUAAUAUUUAUUAUUAUUAUUAAAUUUACGUGAUGAUAACAACUUAACUACUGAUAUUUUUAAUUACAACUUAGACCCAAAACUUUUAAAACCCUUUUAAAAUGUUUAAAAGACUAUUCAUAGUUUUUACUGAGACAUUUGCUGCUGUAACUGAAUUUCAUCCAGAGAUAAAAGUUUUUAUAUCCAAGCUCUGAGUGUUUUUCCUUCUGUUCUGACUUGUCUACGUCCCCUGAUCUUUGACUAAAAAUUCAAACUUUUACUCAAAGUAGCCGCUUUUUAACAGCAAAAGAAUGAUUGAUGGAGUAUUUAAGAGAUUUUAAAAAAAUGCUGCUUCUUGGAAGCAAUGUAUGUUUUUACAGGCAAGUAUUUACUUAAAUAACACUUAUAAGAAAUCCACAGUAAAAUAAUUCCUUUUAUGAAGAUCAGAGCUGAUGGGUUUGUCUUCUCAUGGCUGUACUUAGACUUCUAUCGAACCAUUUUGUUUCUUCUUAUCUUUUUCUUUCACUUCAAGAUCCUGAACAGCCUGUCCACAACUGUCACACAGAAAUCUAGAGGAUUUCCAAAACAGUUUUAGUUUUCCUUUUAAAAGAGUUGUUUAAGCCUCAGAUGCGUGUGCAACCACUGUUUUUUCCACUUUGGCAUUGCUCCAUGCAGCUGACAUUUCUGAAGACUGGAAUUUUCUUUGUUUGUGAAAACAUUUUUAGCUGGAAGUAUAGCAUGUUGCACAUACUGUAUACUGUAUAUACUGUAUAUAUAAACACACAUAAAUAAGUCUUAUGACAGGUGCAUCAUUUACCACAAAUUUAAUGAGUAAUGUGUUAUAAUUUGUAUGAAAGCAAAUGUAUAAAGCAUUACAAGUAAUGUUUGGUUAGUAGUUAAGUAGUGGAAGGAUAAGUGCCACAGGCAUCAAGGUGAACUGACAUCAGAAUGUAUGCUGCCGCAGGGUACCUCAUUCGGCUCACUGACAAAAGGGCAUGUUUUCUGUUGAUUUUCUGCUGUUUCCUUUUUGUUCUGUUGUAUCUGUGAUUUAAAUAUUUCUCCUCAGCAUUAUUUUGACAGCCAGUAUUUUUGUGUUUCCACAGCUUACAGCUAAAUGAUUUUUACCACCACCUUGUGUUAAACUGGCUAGUCUCAGUUACAUUAUGUGUGUAAUGUUUCAUACAAAGACAAUAUGUUUACUCCAACAGGUUUUAAUUGUUUUUAUAAAAAAAAAAGCUUGACAUAUGCAGGAAAGGUGAUCUUUGACUGUGGAGGCCUAUAGCAGUUGACAUGUGCAUAAAUUUGUAUUUUUCAGUCACCACAAUUAUUUUACAGCUGUAAUAACUUUUAGAUUGUUUACUAAAAACGGAUAGUGAAAAUUCAGCUUUGUUGUGUUGUGAUUGCCAGGGAUGAUUCAUUUUAGACAUGUUCUGUUUCUUGUGUAUCUUCUGUAAUUUUACAUAGUAAAGUGCAGAGUACAUUAAACUCUUUCCCUACAAAACAAAAUGUAUUGAAAUCAGGACAAUGUGAAAGACUUAAACGAAUAAAUUCCACACAGACAGUGUGUCACUCUUUCAACUUCAUUGCAAUCUGAUCAUUUUCGAUUCUCAGAGUAAUUUACCAGUACACGCGAUGUUUUUAGCUUCUGACCUUGAAAGACAGCAGGACUACAAAGAUCUCUCCUGCUUAGAGAUUCCAAUCUUAUGGCUGUGUACAAACAUUUCCUCUUCGUUGGAAGAUCAUACGAUAUGUGCCACUUCCAUGGAAGAGGCCUGUAUCUCAGGUUCUGGGCCAGCUGCUGUGCCAAGUUUCAGGCUUUUGUAUACAUGUUAUGCAAGUAUAUAUUGUGUACAACCUCGCCUGCUGAUGAGGGCACAUUGAGAUGUCAGACAGUUGGCACAACACACAUGCAGAGUGGCAAAUAAUUCCUGUUUGGACAGAUUCUUUCCAAGGAAAUGCACAUGCAAAUGAAAUGAUAGAUGAUAGAAAUUAUUAUCUUUGACUUUUCAAAUGUUGUUAUAGUAUUUGUAUAAAAUCUAUUCAUAUGUAUAAAUUAAAAUGACUUUAUGGUUUAAAAUUGAUUAUUUUUGACAUUUUUAAAAAUAAAAAUGUAAGUAAAAAAGUAAUAAUAAGUAGUAAAAAAAAUUGUGAUAAGUGAUUCUUAUCUGGAUUUUGUUCUUCCUCCCAGAUCCCCUCAAGUUUCAUCUUUAGAUGUUCUGUCAGUGAGGGCUUUGACUGAGCAAAACAAGGGCAAUCCUAGAUAAUAAGUAUGUCAGAUAUGUUGCCUUUUAAUGUAACUGUAAUGUAAAUGUAAGUUUAUUAAGCUCUAAAUUACAACUUAACUGUAACCAAACACACGCGCACCCACAUGCACAAUGUUGACUCAGCUAGUGUUUGUUGAAGUAACCUGAAUCUAAAAACUGGCUCCUCUUGUUCGAUCACUGUGAUGUUUCCUGGUGGAUGGAGUUAUGUCUCUGUUUACGCGUAUUUACAUAGACAAUGGUGGGACCACAUACGUCUGCUACGUCUAAUUUACUCUUCACCUGUCAAAAGUGCAGUGGCCUGAUAGAGACAGAGAUGAAGAAGAGGAAGAGACAUGUCUGGGUGCAGUUAACGCUACUGUAAAUAUUCAAGGAGGACGGGUUCCCUGUCAUUCUGAUAAGUGGUUGCAAUAUUUCUCUGAGUGCUCACUGAUGUUUGUCAUGCAACAUAAAGAUCCUGGCGCCAUUCUUCAACAUUACAGACAGUCAGACGCACGUUUUCUUUACAAAUCGUAUGAAAAUAUAAUGUAAGAAACUCGUUAUGAAAUAGCUUAAAUAAUAGAAGAGGAAAACACCCUUCUUGUGUAAAAGGUUAUGAACGUGGGAGCAAAACGCUGUUGCUGCAACAGGAAAAGUCAAGAGAGAGAAAUUGCAACAAUUCCAGAAAGUGAACAUCAUAAGCUACCUAUUUGUAAAGCAUCUUAACCUUCACCUUUAUGUGAUGUAAAUGUGUUCAGUCUAUUGUUUAUCAGUAUUAUUUACACUACAGAACAGUAUUAAAACACAAAUUAAGUGUUUUGAUUAUGUAUAAUAUUUGAAUGUUUGGUAUUUGGGAGGUAUAAAAAAUACAUCACUGUGAGCAUUUUGAUUUGUAAGGUCCUUAGAUUGAAAACACUGGGUGUGAUGCUUGUGUUGAUGAUUUUUUAGUUAAGUACAACAUCUUUAAAAUGUGAGCUUAUGUCUAAUUUUAUUUUAGGUGCACUUUAGUUGUUGCUUUAACAAUUUGAGUUUUGAUUUGUUCAGGAUGAGAACAUUUGUUUUUAAAAUGAAUAAAUGAAAUCACAUGCUUACUUCUAGACUUACUAGAUUCCUCUGUUCAGUCCUAUUCUCAGUUUGUGAUUCAAUAAAUCAAACUAAAACGAAUACAUUAAUAAGUUCAAACCUCUUUUAGUGUUAUACAGUUACUUGUUGCAAACGCAAAUGACUCACUUUGACGAAGGAAACAGGACAUUGGGUCAACCCUCCACCAAAAAAGCCCAUAUUGUAACAUCUAAAGAACUUGUUUUUCAUCACAAGCGCAUUUGGGCAUUUUCAUCUUUGGCGUCUUCAGCAGUGCAGAAGUCAUGUCCAUCACUUUCCACUUCAAGAUUGAUUACAACGACACUGACUACAACGAUACCUACCUUGAUGAUGACACAUCGCCAUGUUACAUGAAACUGCUGGAACCUACAGCAGCUGUGACCUUCUCUGCCAUCAACAUUAUCAUCUUCCUACUGGCAAUACCAGGAAACCUGUUGGUGGGGUGGGUGAUUGGCUCCAGCAGGCUGGCGCUGACGCCUUCCGACGUGUACUUGUUUCAUCUGACAAUUGCAGAUGGUUUGAUGGCCCUCACCAUUCCGUUCAAGUCUGUUGAGUUGAUCCAAGGAUGGAUAUUCGGAGACUUCAUGUGCAAACUCGUCAGCCUCGUCUUCGAAACCAACUUCUACACCAGCAUUAUCUUCCUGGCCUGCAUUAGUGUUGACCGGUACCUUGUGAUCGUGUGUGCCAGCGAGACGCUGAAGAGUCGCAGGAGGAUGUGCAGCUGGAUCCUGUGCGCAGCAGUGUGGGCCCUCGGAGUCGCUUUCUCGCUGCCAUCACUUUUCAAUGAGGUCUCUAAGUUGCACAAUGACUCAAACAUAUUAACCUGCUCUGAAAGCUUUACGCUGGGCAGUGCCACUUCAUGGAGACUGGCCACGCGUGGGUUCCGCCACCUUUUUGGCUUUUUGCUCCCUCUGUUUGUCAUGAUAACCUGCUACAGCGUCACCAUAUCAAGGCUGCUGCUCACCCGUGGUUUCCAGAAGCACCGGGCCAUGAAAGUGAUCAUAGUGGUCGUGAUUGCGUUUUUAUUGUGCUGGACACCGUACCACCUAACCAUGAUCGUAGACACACUCAUGAGGGGAUCUUUAAUACCAUUUGACUGUGCAAAGAGGACGUCAGUGACUGCAGCUUUCAGGGUGACCCACAGCCUGGCUCUGUUCCACAGCUGCAUUAACCCCCUACUCUAUGCAUUUGUUGGGGAGAGGUUCAGGAAGAAAAUGAUGCAGCUGCUUGACAGGAAACUCAGACAAGAGCGGUCAUCAUUGUCAAGGUUCAGCAGGUCCACGUCUCAGACUUCAGAAGCAAGUGGAAUGGUUUUCUGAAAUAAUAUCUCUAUUUUUAAUAAUUUAGGCUUGUUAGUCCAUAAAUAUUGUAAAGGUUUGUAGUUGUAUACUUUCCACGUACUCGUAGCCAGAGAUUUCUUUUAAAUUACACUGAUCUUUCGUGUUGCUGAUAUUCUUUGGGUUGUACAAUGUUGCCACCUACUGAGCUCACUCAAGCUGUUUGUGUUCCUAUUUCUCAACAUAUUUAGGAGGUGCUGCGCUGUUUAUUAGGCAAAUCUUCUACUGUGUGUUUUUUGGAAAUCACCCACAUUACUCUGACAGUAAUGAUCUAGUUGAUAGGAAAAAUAUAGCUUGUGAGGCGUGUGUGCCUUUAACAAAAGUUGACUAUGUAAAUAUUCCAAUUUAAUAAAACUUUAUAAUCCUGAAGUGUCUGUUUAUUUUCACA